AUGGCCUGAGUCAGACCCCAGGUGGACCCUCAUGCUUGUGAAGCAGAGGCCAUGGGUCAGUACAACAUGGAUGACCACCACUACGUGGGCUCUCUGUUCCCCACCUCCACCCUCAUCCCUGUCACCGUCAUCUGCAUCCUCAUCUUCAUCGUCGGGGUGAUGGGCAACACCAUGACCAUCCUCAUCAUCCAACACUUCAAAGACAUGAAGACCACCACCAACCUGUACCUGUCCAGCAUGGCAGUGUCUGACCUUAUCAUCUUCCUCUGCCUGCCCUUUGACCUCUACCGCCUGUGGAAGUACGUUCCUUGGCUCUUUGGGGAGGCGGUGUGCCGCUUCUAUCACUUCAUCUUCGAGGGCUGCACAUCGGCCACCAUCCUCCACAUCACGGCCCUGAGCAUUGAGCGCUACGUGGCCAUUAGCUUCCCCCUCCAGAGUAAGAUGAUGGUGACCCGACGCAGGGUCCAGUACAUCAUUCUGGCGCUGUGGGGCUUCGCUCUGGUCUCUGCGGCCCCCACGCUGUUCCUGGUAGGAGUGGAGUACGACAACGAAACGCACCCUGACUUCAACACAGGGCAGUGCAAACACACCAGCUACGCCAUCAGCUCCGGGCAGCUGCACAUCAUGCUGUGGGUGUCCACCACCUACUUCUUCUGCCCGAUGCUCUGCCUCAUCUUCCUCUACGGCUCCAUCGGGUGCAAACUGUGGAAAAGUAAGAAUGACCUGCAGGGUCCGUGUUAUCUGGCCCGAGAGAGGUCACACAGGCAGACGGUCAAGAUCCUGGUGGUGGUGGUGCUGGUCUUCAUCAUCUGCUGGCUGCCGUACCACAUCGGCAGGAACCUCUUCGCCCAGGUGGACGACUACAAGACGGCCAUGCUGAGCCAAAACUUCAACAUGGCCUCCAUGGUGCUCUGCUACCUGAGCGCCUCCAUCAACCCUGUGGUGUACAACCUCAUGUCCCGGAAGUACAGGGCCGCGGCCAAACGCCUCUUCCUGCUCCACCAGCGGCCCCGGCAGGCCCGCCGCCGUCAGAGGCAGCUCUGCAUGUCCAACCUGAACGAGAGCCUGACCGGGGUCUGAGCCCGCGGGUCUGAGUGAAGCUCGGGGGGUCAGGAGCUGACGA